GUACCCUCGGGACUCCCGCCUUCUUCCAGCCUCCCGGCCCCCUGCUCAGAGCAUGCUUGACAUUAGGGGGCACGUGGGAGAAGCCAAGCUUUCAGCACCCGUGGAAAGGUUGUUGCUGAAGCAUCCUUUUCAGAGAGCUACUGAGUUGAUGGAGACACCUGCUAGUGAUGGAAGCCAUCCAGAGGGACUCUUUGCAUACCUCACACAGGAGAGAGGACCAGUCCCACAGUGUGCCAGUGAGAAUCACCUCAGCAGCCUCAAGCAGGACAUCUUAAUUGACAAGAUGGAGCUGGAGGCAACACUUAAGGAAGCUGAGUUGGCAACCUGCUCCGUAGAGUUACUUAUGCCGUUAUUUAAGAACACCGUGGAAGGAAUUAGUUUAGAAAAUGCUAAUCUUUCUGCAUCCAGCUUGAAGAAGAUUUUUCAACAGCAGGAAAUAUUAUCAAAAGAAUUAGACACUUUUAAUCGUGUGAAAUUAUCCUUAGAACAUCUCCUUAAACAGACACACUAUGGACAAACAGGAGCGAAUGCACCCAGCUUGUUGAAGGACCUCAGUGACAAUGAAAGUGAGAAUAGUAAUCUUAAAAGGAAGGUACUUGAAAAAGAAGCCUAUAUUGGAGAACUUUCAUGUCUGUUUCAAAAUGAAAAGGAAAGCGCUUUGAAAGCAAACCGGUUUUCUCAGUCAGUCAAAGUAGUGCAUGACCGUCUGCACCUCCAGAUUCAGAAAAGGGAAGCAGAGAAUGAUAAGUUAAAAGAGCACAUGAAGGGCUUGGAAACCCAAAUAGCCAAGUGGAACUUGCAGGUGAAAAUGAAUAAGCAGGUGGCUGUAGCCAUCAAAGAAGCAAGCAGGCAGAAAACUGCAGCCCUGAAGAAAGCAUCCAAAGUUUACAGACAAAGGCUGAAACACUUCACAGGGGACAUUGAACACCUCACUGCCCAGAUCCGAGAUCAGGAAACCAAGUUGUCUGAAACUGUUUCAGCUUCCAAUGCCUGGAAAAGUCAUUAUGAGAAAAUGGUAAUAGAGAAAAGUGAACUGGAAGUUCAGAUCGAAACAAUGCAAAAGCAAAUUGUUAAUCUUUUGGAAGAUUUGAAAAAAAUGGAAACUCAUGGAAAAAAUUCAUGUGAUGAGAUCCUUAGAAAACUUCACUCACUUGAAGACGAAAACAAACUGCUAAACAUUGAGAAUGUGAAACUAAAGGGUAUGCUUGACACUUUGAAGGAUGAAGUUGCUUCUGUUGAAAAUGAGCUCGUAGAAUUACAAGAAGUAGAAAAACGACAGAAAACUCUCAUCGACGUAUAUAAAACUCAGGUACAAAAAUUGCAAGAAGCAGCUGAAGUGGUAAAAAGCAGAUGUAAAAAUUUGCUACAUGAAAAUAACCUAAUAAUAAAAAAUAAAAACAAAAAGUUAGAGAAGAUGAGAGGCCAGGUGGAGGCUCACUUGAAGCAGGUAGAGCGUGCCCUUCACGAGUGUCAGGAGAACCUGCAACGCUACAAGCAGAAGUGUGCAGAGCAGGCGCACACCGUUAGGGAGCUUCAGGGCCAGGUUGAUGGAAACCACAGCCUUCUAACCAAGCCUUGUCUUGAGGAGGAGAAUCAUCUCAUUCAGUUGAAGUGUGAAAACCUUAAAGAAAAGCUAGAGCAGAUGGAUGCUGAGAAUAAAGAGCUGGAGAAGAAGCUGGCUGACCAAGAGAAGUAUCUGAAGCACAGCGACCUGGAGCUGAAAAAGAAGGCUGCAGAGUACACAGUGCUGUCCAGGCAGCUGGAAGCCGCUUUGGAAGAAGGGAGGCAAAAGGUUUCUGAAGAAGUAGAGAAAAUGUCAUCUAGAGAGAGGGCUUUGCAAAUUAAAAUAUUAGAUCUGGAAACUGAGCUUAGAAAGAAAAAUGAAGAACAAAACCAACUUGUUGGCAAAAUGAACAGUAAAGCCCAGCACCAGGAUAUUUUGCUGAAAGAAAUACAGCACAGUCUUGAGAAGUCAGAGAACCAAAAUGAGAGCAUUAAGAACUACUUGCAGUUUCUUCAGAUUUCCUAUGUAACAAUGUUUAGAUAAAUUGUUGAAUUUAUUGACCACUGAUUGUUAUACCUUAUGAUUUAUAGCUUAGCAGUGUUAUACUUUAUGAAUUAUAGCUUACCAGUGUUAGAAUUUGCAUGUGAAGAUAUUUGAGACAUAAUUUAUUAUCUGAUUGAAACUUGAAGAAAUGAUAGUUCUUAGUGUUCCUUUGUGCUAGAUAAUUUGCACUGAACUCUGGCUUCAUUCUUUUUAAAAAUAUUAAUUUUUAAAGUAUUUUUCUCUAUGCAAAAAUAAGAAUUAUUCUUAUGAACCAUUGGAGUAAAUUUGUAAUAAAUCUAGGCUAACUAUGAGCCAAAUACAUGGUUUUAAAUGAUUUAUUUACUUCUUUUAUAUUGUAAUGCUAUGUAAAUAAAAUAAUAAGAUAUUUAAUUUUAAUAAUGAUAAACAUGUUCUAAAGAUAGCAAAUGUCUCACUGUACUUAAUAUUGCUUUCAAAUGUCUGUUGAGUUUCCAUCAUCAUUUCUAUGAGAUUUUAAACAUAAACUAUGAAAUCAUAGCCAUUCUGUGCCAGCUGAUGGUAACAGAGGAAAA